AUGACUAAUAAACAGGUUAAUACAUCUUUUAUAAUUUUUAUAGUUUUUGUAUUUAUCGCCGCGAUUUUGGAUUUUAUAGGAACCUUCUCUUAUUAUUUAAAUUUUGAAGGAAAAAACCUCUUCGUUCCAUACUUCUCAGACAGAAAUGUAGUUCCAUUCCCUGUACUAUUCAAGGAAUUUGACCUCAGCAACGCAGAUUCCAUUCGCUCAGAUGUUAAACGCUAUCGCGGCUCAAAUGAGCUCUGCUCCCGCAGAUUACUUAAAGAAUAUGAUAAUUAUAGAUAUAAUUUUAAACAUAUUUUCCAAAAUGUCCCAAAUCAAUCAUUUGUGGCAAAAUGGGAUUUACCACCUGGAUGGUUAUCAUAUACACCAGUAGAUAAACUGUGUAUGAAUUUGUUGGAUGCUUAUAGGUUUGAUUAUGUGAUUCAGGACCCUUUACUUGACCAGAAUUCUCCAACGGUUCGCAAUAUCUAUACUAAUAAAAUGAGUAAUUUUUACGAACUCUUUGAUGGUUUUGAUUCUGGCCAUGAUACUAGGCUUUUUAAAUUAAUAUCUUCUUAUCCAACUCUUACCAUUUAUGCAGUUAAAGGUAUUAUGUCAGGUGAUAUGGCGAAUGUUGGAAUGGUAAGUGAUAAUCGCAAACCUUCUAACCUAAAGCUAGAUCAUGCAUUAUUUCAAUUUCAUAGCAAUGGACUCAAAUCCAUCCUUAUAGGUGAUGUAACAUGUUAUGAUUUGGCGCCAGAUAGCUUUGAUGUUCAUAUAACUAAUAAGCAUAAAAAUACUGUUAAUGAUAUUUAUAACGCAGAUCAAAUGAUUUAUGAUAAUUAUAUUAAAUAUAUUCCAAGGUAUUUCAUUACGGUGCUUGCUCAAACAGAUAUUUAUUCCUCUCAGGGUUUCCUUAGUUAUAUACUUAAGGAGUUCCCUAGUUAUAUAAUUAAUUCUUUAAAGAACAACUCUAUUAAAUAUUGUAGAUCAGAUGUUUUGAUAUUACAUUUGGUUGGAGCUGAUCAUCUAUCACACUGUGGAGGCCGUAAUACCCCGGAAAUGUCUAACAUUAUGAAAAACUACAACAGCUUCGUCAAGGAACUUAUGAACCAAUAUGAAAAAUAUAAAAAUUACAUGAUCUUUUUCUUUGGUGAUCACGGCCAAAAAGAAUCUGGUUCACAUGGUGAUGACUCAAUUGAAGAGAUGGAGACAUUUUUAAUGGUACGAAGUGAUAUGAGAUUACAUAGUGUUGAACGUGACUUUUGUCCCAUAUCAGAGACGCCACAAGCGUACCGUCUACAUCAUUCAGCCUUAAAUGGGAAAGUACAACUCUCAUUUGAGUAUGAAAGACAGUUUACACAGGAUAUUAGCACUACGUCCUCAUUACUCACAAACGUGCCAAUUCCAUUCCACUCUGUAGGUUCCGUGAUACCUAACUCAGUACCACUAAUAAGAGAUAAUCACGGUAACAUCGACUAUAACCUUUCCGAUAAAUAUUUGGUGCAAUUGUACCACGUCAACGUACACCACAUUCUGAGGAUUUUAGACCUCCUAACACAGAAUAAAGAUGUUAAACUUGAUCAGCAGUUGCUAGACAGAGUCUUAAAAAAUAGAAUGAAACUAGUGAACCUAUACACACUUUUAAGGCUAUUUGACUUAAACAGUAAAUUUAAAAGUAAAAUAUAUAAUACAAUAAGUAGUAAUAAGGGGAAUUUGUAUAACGAUUACAUACAAGUCUGUAAAAUAAUAAUUGAAGAAUCGGCUGAAUUAAUAAGAUUAUCAACAAGAUCAUUCACAUUUGAUUACCUUUACAUUUCAAUAAUUAUCAAAUACGUAUCAAUUGUAAUUUUAAUCUACUCAAUUGCAGCGUCAUACUAUUUCACAAUUGACAUGGCGCUUGCACGUAAAAUUUUAGUAAAACUGGCAUUAAAUUUAGUAUUGACAUUAGCAUUGAGUUGUGUGUUUGGAGUAAAAUUGGAUAAGAACAUUGAUUUAUAUGUGAAAAUGAGAAUAGUAUGGCCACUGGGAGUGAUGAAAACGUUGUUUAUCAAGUCACAGGCGCUCACAAGGUUCAUUUCAAACUUCUUUGUCAUUGAAGAUUAUGAUUUAUACUUUCACUUUUCCAUACUCUUCAUGGUUAUACUAACUGUUAUAUUUCUAUUCCACACAAUAACAUUUAUUUACAGAUUAUAUAUUAGUACUGGUGAUGUCACAGAUACUGUGGAUAUGACUACUAAUACCACUGAAUAUAAUAGUAUGGCUGAUAAUACUGGUACUGAUAAUGUUGAGGAUCCUAAAUUUGAUGUUGGAAUGAAGGAUUUGGAUAGACUUAUGUAUAACAUUGGGAAAAUGAAUAUUAGGGGUUUAAUAUUAGUGUUGUAUAGUGUAAUAUUCAUAUUGGUGAUAGUGUCGGAGUGUGCGUUGUAUUCACAUGACACGAUCUCAAGACAUGAGUUUGUAAUUUUCAUGUUAAUUGAAUGUGUGCCGUAUAUGUUACAAAAUUACAAAACUCCACAGUGUAAAUUGGUGAUUAGACAUUUGGUACUGGCGUUUAUAUUACUAAAGAUAUCAUCACUGUUCCAUGAUUACAGGUUAUUUUUCUAUUCCUCAGAUCUGCCAACAGCAAGUUGGUUAAAGAAGGAGUAUUUCCUAGGUUUGUUUGAAGUCGGAGCGUUCUCACUAACAGUGUUUUACAUUAUGUUGAUGAGGUUUAUUAAGAAGUUUACAAGCCCAGAUCAGGUGGGUUUGGAGAAAUUCGACUACAUAAUUUCAGAGUCGUUAAAACUGUUUAAACUAAAGAAAUUUAUGAAAAUAGUUUUUUUAAUUCACUAUGUACUAAUAUUGGUAAAUUACGGAUUAACGACUAGUAGAUCACUGUUAGGACUUGAUAAGUUUAUCCAUAACCUCCACAACGCUUAUAAUAUGAAGUUGUUCAUAAGUACACUGUUUGCUUGGGGAGUGUUAAUUCUUUACACACUUACAACUAUACUCAUGUUAGUUAAUCCCAGGAACAUAAUAAUUGAACCAGGAGAAUACCGGUUCAGUAGUUUCCUUUUGUACAGUAUACCGAAUCUUUCAUAUCUACUAUUUCUAAUUUGUGGCCAGAAAAAGGCCUUCCAAACACUCUUGUCACUAAUUAUCCUCUAUAAUUGCUGUAAAAUAUUAGUUAACACCACGAGUAAAUUUCACUUGUCACACACUCUCUUGAUACAAUCAUUGGCUGACGCUGCUUAUUUCGCAAUUGGAAAUAUUGACACAUUCCUCAAUUUGAACUUUCAAACGGGAUUUGUAUUUGUUAAUACCUAUCACCAGCUCAUAUCAGACUCGAGUGUCUUGUUUGAAGUCGUGUCGAUACACAUUUUGUUCUCAGUAGUUUUGAUGCUUAUAUAUUACAGUUGUAGCAACUUGCAGAUUAUGGACGCUUUGGUUUUGACGGGUUCUGACCGCCUAGACUCUAUGGAGUCGGGCAUAAAGUUCAAUGGACGACGUCAAGUUGUUUCCAAGAAAAUUCAUACCCUGACAAAUAUUAUACACAUCAUUACAAUGUAUAUAUUAUUGGUAUCCGUACUAGGGGUAUCUGUUCUGGUGAUAAUAAUGAAAUUACAUCAAGUUCCAUGCGUAAGUUUCUCAAAUAUUGCGUUUCGGUCAUUUCCAAAAGCGUUAUUUGUGUUGGGAAAGUCAACAGCAAUGUUUGUAACUCAACUCCUCCUGUUCCUAAUCGGAGCCAUUUACUAA